CUCUGUCUGCCAACAGACCAGGCCAUGUGUACAAGACUACAGCAGACAGGCGAUCAAGGGAGUGAGGUUGCUGCUGCAUCUUCAUAACUACUUUCUUGGCUAUGAUCAAAACAAGGCAGGCAACCAAGAGGCUAUUUACAGAUCCUGGAUGAAGAAUUAAAAAUGUCUCCCUGAGUCUGGAAAAGAGCUGGGUUACUUGUGCACCAGUUCUUUAUUUCAGCAGGUGCACAUAAUAACCAUGCUAAGGACAUGCAGACACAAGAGUUUCAGGUGUGUGUGGUGGUUGAGUGCUAUGCUCCUUACUCUGGUUCAUGGAAGCAACUUGAGUCAACAGUUCCAGGAGAGGCUACCCUGCCGGCCAGGUUUUUAUUGCCCUCUGGGGAACUUCACUCCAUUCCCCUGUCCCAAGGGAACCUAUGGGCCAACUGCUGGUGCUAUGUCCAUAGACAGCUGUCUGAAGUGUCCUCCUCACCACUACUGUCCCAGACCAGGUCUUUCUGCGUCUCUGUCCUGUGGCCCUGUGGCUCAGCAGCCUCUGUCUGGUCAGGACACCUGCAUCUGCCUGGGAGAGGGACAGACUUUCCAGACCAGUGAUGGGCUGUGCCUCUGCACCAUCGGCUACCAACCUACCAUCAACAUAGAUGCGUGUGUUCACAAACUGUACGCUGUUUGCAGAGACGGAAAAACACGUACACAGUAUGGAGACUGUCUGGACAGAUAUCAGUGGUCACUUCACUGCAGGCAGCAGGUGUGUCAAUCUGCAGAGGAUUUCCGGGGUUACGAUGGAGAGUUGGGUCUGUGUGUUUGCAGAGAGCCUCCUGGAAGAGCUGCGUGUGGAGGCCUUUGCAGGAAAAGGCCAGCUGCUGAGCUGAAGCUCCACUGCUUGUCCAAUAGAGAAAUGGAGCUGGUGUGGCGCGAUGGCAAUCAAGCAAUGGGCAUCUCAGGCAGCAUGCUGGAGACGGUUUUUAAACAGUUGGACUCCCGGGGGACUCCUCUGUGCAGCAGCCAUAUCGACCCCUCACAUGCUGUUUACAUUGUUCAGACAACAGAGGCAGGCUUCCUCGGCCUCCUCAGUGGCCUCCCAAAGGAACUUCAGCAACUGUUUCCUGUCACCACACAGCAGGACAUUCAGAGCUUAGCUGAAAGAGAUUCUGAGGUUCUGUGGGAGGUCACUGAAGUUGAAAACAGCAGUCGUGGAGGAAGAGAAAUUAAUUUCAGCAGCAGGAAGGGAAACAGACAGAGUGAUGUGAAGGACGAAGUGAGAGAAACAAUUGUAAAUGGAAUUCUGAAUCCCACAGCGUGUCUCCAUUUGGGCGAUGUUAUACUGUUCACUGUUGACACACGUCACUAUCCUCAGUAUGAUCUUGACAACUUGUACAACACAAAUAGUGAUUUCGACUGGGGUGCAUUCAGACUGCUAAAAGAAGAGAUGACUCUGUCUUGGACUCCUCCCAUCUUCUUUGCAGUGGUCUUUAGCCAGCCUGGAGUAUAUGUUUUUAGACUGAGCAGCCAUCAGCACAAACAACUGUAUGUGCGGGUGAUGCCUGCAGGCGGCCAGUGUUAUGAGCCCGGCCCCUUCUUCCCCACCAUCCCUCGUCAUGUGACCAGGGUGGGAAUCAGUAGGAGACGCAACCUGUUACUGAGGCCAGAUUGGCUGGUGACAGGAGGACUGCUAUUUGGAGCUGUGGUCAUCCUCUGUUUAUGUGUUACACUGCUGAUCCUUUUCCGUGAAUAUGGAUGGCCUGAGAAGGAGCCAAUCAAAGCGUGGUAUCGGUUGUUGCAGUUGGCCUACCACAUGGAUGACUACUCAUCAAAAGGUUCAAGGGUGAUCUCACUUAAGAAGAUACACCGAAACCAACAAGCUAGAAUGACACAAGACUCCACUGAGCCAGCCUGUGCAGACACCUUAGAUGACUUCUGGGAUUAUGAGCACCAAGUGGAUCUGGAGGCUUUCAGCAGCAACACCUUCUACGGCCUCCUUCUCAAACAGAGUCUGUCUGUCACCACACGGCUGGGGCAGCUUACCACUGAGGUAAAGGAGCUAUAUCAGGGAGUGCUUGGGAAACUGCAGCUACUCCACCCACGCUUGAUCACUGAGGAGAGGAUGGGGGAAGGUUAUGAGAGGAUGAAGAGGGAGGUGGAGAGGGAGGCGGUGCGACGAAAGACUCUGGCCUCACAGCUGAGGACUCUGCUUGACAGUCAGCUGCAGGUUCUGAGGCGAGAGCAGCAGGCCCAGCAGAGGGUCCACCUUGUGCUCACAGCUCAGCUCAGAGAGUGCACCAGAAUACUGUCCAAGGUUUAUAACAGCAACAACCAGCAGCAAAAUUUGAUCCUGAGGCUGACAUCCCUGGUGGACGAGAUGGGAGAGCUGGUGUCAGCUGAGUGCCAGCGUCAGGGGGCCUGGGGGUUUCUGUGUGAGGGUACAGGGGCCAAGCUGCUCUGCCCUGACACUGGAACUGUGCUGACCAAGGACCACAUCUUUGGUCCUGAUGGGUCUCUGCGUGUCUGUCGGGCACUUCAUUGUGAUUCAGUCACAGGCCUCAUAAGGCCAAAUGCUCACAGCCAUAUGCUGCUGAGCAGCGGCCACACCAUGGCAGUGCCACCGGAUUUCUUCCUCCACCCAGAGACUGGCAGAGUUAUGCCCAUAGUUGGCAACGUGGGCUAUGAUCCUGCAAGCUCUACUUUAGUGUUUACAACUGACUCAUGUACAGGAGACAACAGGAAGUGGGACAGCCCCCUUCUUCCUUUCAUUCCUUACCCAACCUCCUGCCACUCAGACCUGCCUCUGCCCAACUCUCGGCUCAGAGGCCUCAGACCGGGACAGAGACUGCAGCUGGGAGUCCCCAUGGCAGACCCAGACACGGGUGUCCCAGUGCCCAUUCUGGCUGUAACUAUCCACCCCCAGACAGGGCUAGUGUACCCACUGGGAGGGGUGCAUGUCUGUCCCCUUACCCGCCUGCCUCAGCCCAUACAGAUUGGCUAUCCCAUGCUGGACUCCAGGACAGGAAAUGUUGUGCUCACUGUGGGGGUCAGUCUAGAUCCAGUAACAGGAGCUGUGCUGCCAGUAGGUGGAGUUCUGCUGUCGGAGUCCAUCAUCGAACCUCUGAGUGGUCGGAUGGUGAGAGUGGGAGGGGCCAGCAUACGGGCUGGGCAACUGCUGCCUCACGUAGGAGGAUACCAGGCCCUUCUGGACAGCAAGGUUUUGGCAGUGAUGUUUAAAGUAUUGGAGCUCCUGAAGCCACUAACUGAGGAAUGGGGAUCAGACCAAACUUUGCAGCGCCAUCAGGGCAGCGAGAGAGGGAGCGGUCGACAAGAUCAUCUUCUCGCUGCAGCCAAGGAGCUCCAGCAGGCCUGGGGAAAGAGCCUGCACUGCCAGCUGCAGCUGCAGACCAGGUUGGAUAUCCUGCUGAACUGGGCUGAAUGUCUCCAGCAGGAUGGGGGGACUUUAGGAGAGAUGCCUCUCUUAGGUUCAGAUAUGUGUGUGCCAGCUCUGCUGGGGAUGGAGUACCCAGACCCUAUGGGAUCUGGUCUGAGUGUACCUGUGCUGGGGUGUCAGACUGACUCUGUCUCUGGGAUUAGGAUUCCGUUGGCAGGGACCAUGGAGGACCCUGACGGAAAAGGCCUAGUGGCCAUCCGUUAUGGAUCUCAGACUGUUGACCCAGUGACAGGUGUGUUGGCCCCAGUGGUUGGAGCCAGGCUUGAUGUGUCCAGAAAAACCGUUGUACCUGUCACAGCUUCCUACUGGCUAACGGUGGCAGGUCAAACUGAUAGUGUGCAGGUUGGGUAAUUGAGAAAGAGUAAUUGAGAAAGGGUGUUUCCGUACAUGAUAAAACACAAGAAACCUUUAAUUUGACCACAGAAUAAAAGUGAUGCAACUCUCUACCUGAUGUUUAUUUUACAGCCUAAUAAAUUCAGCAGGAUAUCAUUUUGUGAACUUCAUAAAAGUGAUUCAAGUUUGUAUGUGUUUAACCUCCAUUUUGCAGCCUUAAUGAAUCUGAUGUACUUAAUUUUAUUGCUGCUAUUGUAUGCCAGGUAGAGGCGCUGCAGAGAGAGGUGUGUGUGCGGAACACUUACUGGCAACAUCAGAGACCGCGGGAGGAAGAUAUUCUCUCUGAUCUGG